GGCAUUAUCUCUUUGAUCAUGAAUCCUUGCUCCUCCAUCUGAUUGAGAGAGAGAAUAUUGCAAGAAAAUGGAGAGGGAAACUCAUAUUCUAGUGAUUCCUUACCCUGUACAAGGUCACAUAAAUCCUAUGCUCCAAUUCUCCAAGCGCUUAGCCACAAAGGGUGCUAGAGUGACUUUAGUCGCUACCAGCACCAUUAGAAACUCCAUGCAAGCCUUGCAAGGUGCUAGCUCUGUCAACAUUGAGAUAAUCUCUGAUGGCUCUGAGGGAGACGAAAACUUAGAAAACUUAAUAGCAACUCUGGAUCGUUUCAAAGUGAUAGUUUCACAAAGCUUAUCAGAGUAUAUUGAGAAACUAAACAGCUCCAAAUACCCACCAAAGUUUAUUGUGUAUGACCAUGUUCUGCCAUGGACUCUAGACGUGGCUAAAAAAUAUGGCCUUGAUGGAGCUCCAUUUUUCACACAGUCUUGUGCAGUCAAUGUCAUCUAUUAUCACUUGAAGCAAGGAACAAUAAGGUUGCCCAUAGAAGGGCCAACAGUAUCACUACCCUCGUUGCCAAAACUAACAAUCAAUGAUAUAUCUUCAUUCCUUUCUAAUCCAAGCUCGUACCCAGCUCUACUAAACCUUGCACUGGAUCUAUUUUCCAACUUCCUAGAAGCGAAGUGGCUCUUUUUCAGCUCUUUCAUGGACCUGGAACUCGAGGUUGUGAAUUGGAUGGCAAGCCAGCAAUGGCCUAUAAAAACAAUUGGACCAACUAUUCCAUCGAUGUACUUAGACAAGAGGUUGGAUGAUGACAAAGAGUAUGGCCUUCAUUUAUUCAAGCCUGAUGUGGAUGCUUGUAUAAAGUGGCUAGACACAAAGGAAACUCACUCAGUUGUUUACACAUCGUUUGGAAGCUUAGCAUCCUUGGGAGAAGAGCAGAUGCAAGAGCUAACAUGGGGCCUAAAGAAUAGCAAUUGCUACUUCUUGUGGAUUGUUAGAGAAACCGAACAAAAAAAGCUUCCCACUAAUUUUCUACAAGAAACAGCGGGGAAGGGACUUGUUGUGAGUUGGUGCCCUCAGUUAGAAGUAUUGGCUCAUAAGGCCAUUGGGUGCUUCAUGACUCAUUGUGGAUGGAACUCGACUCUUGAGGCAUUAAGCUUGGGGGUGCCAAUGGUUGCAAUGCCACAAUGGACGGAUCAAUUGACUAAUGCAAAGUUCAUUGUGGAUGUGUGGAAGGUAGGGGUUAGAAUUAAAUUGGAUGAAAGGGGCAUAGCUACCAAAGAAGAAAUAGAGUUGUGUAUAAGAGAAGUGAUAGGAGGAGAACGAGGGAAAGAGAUGAGAGGGAAUUCAAUAAGAUGGAAAGAACUGGCUAAAGAGGCAAUGAAUGAAGGUGGAAGUUCAGAUAAAAACAUAGAGGACUUUGUGACAAAACUUGUUUGCUCGUAAAGUUAAUGCAAGCGGCAACUCUUCAUUUGAAUAAUGAUCAAGAAAAUGAUUUCACUUUAGGAGGAUUUAUUUUAGUGAUGGCAAGCAUCACCAAGUUUGAGGAAUUUUAUUUUUAUCGAAACAUUACUUAUGUCUUUUCACUAUAAGGAAUGCACAUUAUUUUUUUAAUAGGUAAUAGCAAAUUUAAUUUUAACUA